UGAGCCGCCCCCCUCAGCGGGGUCCUACAACUGGGACUGUCGCGGCCUCCGAGUUCCAUCAGAGCGGAGAUCAGGAAGCUGACAGACUGAGAGCUCUUUGACAGCGCAGCGGGAUAGGAGGCUGUGGACAGGGACAGAAAAAAACGCGCCGGUGUGCGGGAUCUGAGAGGGAUCAGUAGAACGAAGAGCGGCUGUCCGCAGAGGUCGAGAGGGUAAAGAGGGCAGGAAACAACAGCUGUCACACCGGGAGAAAAAUCACAGAGCCCGGGGAGAAGAAGCUAGCGACUCGAUCCGACAGUAACGUGGUCAGAGAGCAGUGACUCCCCAUUAGAGAAACCAGCCACGCAGCCAGCCCAGCUACUUCAGAGGAGAUCUAUCUGGGAUCGGGGGCUGUUACUUUGCAGGAAGAGCGAGUGCGAGUGAACGGUGCUCGCGAUCAGGUGUGUAGGCAGCGGGAUCCAACCUGCGAGGCACCCCUUAGCCGGGGAUACAGCGCCACCAUUCAGGGACCAGCAGCAGGGAGAGUGGAGCGGGAGCCCGGGCUGAAGAUAGCGGGGAGAGGGGAUCCAGGGAGCGGAACUGUUACGAUAUCACUACCGGGCCUUGUGGAGAGUAUGGCUGCAGGGAAGGGAUCCGGGAAGACGUCCGAGCUGCAGAGCGAGCGACUCCGACUACUCGUCUGCUUUUUGGGGGUUUUCGUCUGUUAUUUUUAUUACGGCAUCCUGCAGGAGACGAUAACCCGAGGGGAUUAUGGGACGGGGGAGACGAAGGAGAAAUUCAAGUACGCCACCACCCUGGUGUUCAUUCAGUGUGUCAUCAAUGCGCUGUUCGCUAAACUACUUAUCCAGUUCUUUGAAAAGCCCAAGCCGGACCGCACUCGGAGCUGGCUCUAUGGAGUGUGUUCACUGUCCUACCUGGGGGCCAUGGUCUCCAGCAACUCUGCCCUUCAGUUUGUCAACUACCCCACACAGGUCCUGGGGAAGUCCUGUAAACCGAUCCCAGUGAUGAUUCUGGGGGUUACUAUCCUGCGUAAGAAGUACCCCAUGUCUAAGUACCUGUGUGUGUUGCUGAUCGUCGGUGGCGUGGCUCUGUUCAUGUACAAGCCCAAGAAAGGGCUGCCCGGUGCGGACGAACAUGCCUUCGGCUUCGGGGAGAUGCUGCUGCUGCUGUCCCUCACUCUGGAUGGGCUGACAGGCGUGGCUCAGGACCACAUGAGAGUGCACUUCCAAACCGGGUCCAAUCAGAUGAUGCUGAACAUUAACCUGUGGUCCAUGCUGGUGCUGGGAGCUGGUGUGCUCUGGACCGGAGAGGUGUGGGAAUUCCUGAGUUUCACCGACCGCUAUCCCAGCGUCCUCUACAACAUCAUGCUUUUUGGGCUAACAAGUGCACUCGGACAGAGCUUCAUCUUCAUGACCGUGGUGAGCUUUGGACCCCUCACCUGCUCCAUCAUCACCACCACCCGCAAGUUCUUCACCAUCCUGGGCUCCGUCCUGAUCUUCGGAAACUCCAUCAGCGGCAUGCAGUGGGUGGGCACGGCGCUCGUGUUCCUGGGCCUGGGUUUAGACGCCAAAUUUGGGAAAGGACCUAAAAAGACGACUCAAUAGAAUCUAGAAUCAGAACCCAGGGACUGUUUUAUUAAAAGCAAGGAUUCCUUUUCAACCCUUCCUCUGUCAUCAUGUCUAACUUUAACUGAACUAGUUUAGUUCAAUUAUCGUGUCUUUUUUUAAACAAAAGGGAAUAUACAUAUAUAUAUAUAUAUAUAUAUACACACACACACAGAGUAAUCCAUCGCGUAUCUGCCCGUCACAUAUCUGCCCCAACCGUUUUUCCGCCAUGAUCAAUCUCUUCAGCUACGUUAGUUUAUUAUUGAACAGAGAAGAUUAGUUGAGAGAUUGUAGAUCCUACCAAAGUUUUCGUAUACUGUGUUGUAUGUGCUCCGUGCGUUGCCAUUGCUGGUAGUGUCACGUGAGCUGUUCAGUGUGUUGAUAUGUAAAUAAAUCCUGUUCGCCUGCAGGGGGCGUAUCAACUUCAACCUCCGUCUCCUCUCCUGCCUGUCACUCAGCAGCGAAUGCAUGCACCGACAACGCAGACAGCUACUCUGUCAUAAGCAUUAAUACCCUGUAUCUUUCUAAACAAGGGAUUUAGGAGAGCUCCCUCAUACAAGCUGAAUCUCAAAACAAUAAUUGUGUGAGUAUAGUAAUUGUUACAGCUGUGUAUAAUGGAAUUUAAAACAGGAUUUAUUUAUCUGCCUUUUUACAUCUCUGCCCUUCCCCUGGUCCCAGCGCAGUCGGAUAUGAGAUGGAUUACUGUAUUACAAGUGUUCUGUGUAUCAUUGUUAGGCCUUAAAUAACUCCAGUGUUUGCCAGUGUGAGCUCUCAUCUGUAUCACGUCAGCCCGUGAUUUCAGGGCACAAACAAUUAAAGGAAUUUGUGGAAAA